AUGCCUGCGCUCCUGAACAUUGACCAGUUUGCGGUCCCGGCCGACGAAUCGAUCCCGCCGUGGCUGCGAGUCGUGGCCAUCGUCAUCACCUCCCUCUCGGCCCUCGAGUUCUCCAUCUACACGCUGCUCUUCCUGGCCUUCCUGGCGCACUCGUUCGCCACUGCGCGCUCGUUCUUGCGGAGGACAUGGGUGUUGGUUGGCUCGCUGCUGUUCCUGCUCCUGCGUCUGCCCUUUGUGGUGGUGCAUCUGUACAACUACAAGAUUGUCUUCCCGCAGCUCGACUUUGGCGUCCUGACCGAACCGGAGGUCCUCACCGUAUGCUUCUGGGCCAUCUCUUGGCUCUACUUUGCCAUCACUGCCCUGCCGCCCGUCGGCUUGUUUGUCAAGGAGCUCGUGGCGGCCAUCUACUGCUGCUUCUCUCCCAGAGAAGGUGCCAUCCUGGACCCUAACAGUCCAAGAAAGCCCACCGUCGUCGCUAUCGUCCCGGUCUACAACGAGCUAUCCGAGGUACUGCUCUCGGCAUGUAUUUCCUUUGUUGAGUCCCAGUACCCCAAGGACCGUCUGCAUCUGAUCCUGGCCUUUGACGACAAGUCCAUCGAUAGCCCCCUCUUCAAGCGAACCAUGAAAAAUCUCAAUGUCCAUGGCCACCACCAGACCGACGACCCCGAUGUCUACAACCUUUGCUUUUCGAAUGUACCGGUGACUCUGUGCCGCUUCCAGCAUGCGGGCAAGCGCCAGACCCAAGCCCGUGCCUUUGCCUUGCUCGAAACGUACCACAAGACCGAGAUCGACCAGGGCUCGCCGCCGCUGGUCCUGCUGAUGGAUUCGGAUGUGGUUCUGGAUCGUAGGGCCGUCGCCUCCAUGGUGAGCCGCAUGAGUGCCAGGCCCAGCCUCAAGGCCCUCUGCGGCCUCAUCAACUGCACGUCGCCGUACUUCAAUCUGUGGCUCUAUCUCCAGGACGCCGAGUACGUCGAGAGUCAGUGGCUCCUCCGCGGCUGGGAGUCCAUGCUGGGAGGCGUGACUUGCCUGCCAGGGGCUUUUACCAUGCUGCGGUACGAGGUUGUCAAGGAGCUCGCUCCGAGCUACUUUGGUCUGAUUCCGACGGCGUACAUGUCGCAUCUGGAGUAUCCGCGACUUCAUCUGGGCGAGGAUCGCUUCAUGACCUUCCUGGUUUUGGAGCAGUUCACGGGUAUGCACCAAGUCGCCUUUGAGCCGCGUGCCCGAUGCAAAACAUACGCACCUUCAAAGUUCACCGAUCUGCUGAGGCAGCGACGGCGAUGGUUUCUUGGCACCAUCGCCAACGAAGCGUACAUCCUGACGUCGCCGGUCCUGUGGGCAAGCUAUCCGUUGCUCCUGACCAUCCAGCUCCUCCACAGCUCCUAUCGCUCUCUCUCCAUGCUCAACUACCUCCUGGUGAUCUUUCUCUUCCUCAGCCAGAUGAACCUGUUCCCGCCCCUCUACUUUGUCGUCUGCUACCUCAUUCCGCUCGGCCUCACUGCGCUGUCCAUGCUAUACAUGGCCGUUCGCCUCCGACGAUGGAACGUGGUCGUCUACCCAAUCACAUAUGUGCUCUUCCCCUUUGUGAACUGGAUCGUCCUCUUCUAUUCGAUCGCCACCUUCACGAGAAGGAGCUGGGGCGGCCCCCGUGUCGUCAAAGCCGCCGAGACCAGCGAGUCGCCCAGCCCAACCGAGUCCGAGUUUGAUGCCCGCGAAAUCAUUGAGAUGUACUCGGACGAAUACCAGCGAUGGGUGGUGUCCAUGCCGCCGCCUCCACAUGCCGCACCGGAGGUUAUCACUGUUCUGGACACCGAGAGCCCUCGGUAUAUAGACCACGAGCAUCGAAAGUCCAGCAUGAGCGAUGUCUCAGGCAAAACCCUGGCCCUUGUCCGAGCCGAACAAGACACUCCCUCGAUGCCUGUGCCCAUGCCCGUGCCCUUGUCCACGCCCAUGUCAUUACCGGAACAACCACGGUCGUCGGCUGACCCACAGCAGCAGCCCGACGAAAAGACCCUGCACCGGUUCAAUAUGAGUGGGUCGGACUAGCACAACCUUUGAUGGGCCCUGACGAG